UCUCAGGUUAGAUCACGUUAACGCUUACACUUGCAGCUACUCUAAACUAACUGUACUAGUGUACAAUGUGUCAAAUUGACACGCAUUUGUUGAUAUGUCCUUUUGUAUUUAAGUAAGCGUAUAUUGAUAUAAAUAUUCCAAGGAAUAUGGAUUACGCAUACGAUGACUUGAAUCUGCAUGAAAUUCUACCCACGGAAAAAUGUAUUCCAGUUCCAAGAUAUAAUACAACAAUAAUAACUGAUGCUUAUGCAGGCAUACCUGAAAAUUUAUUGCUAAAUUUUUGUGGAUUUUUGUUCCUUCUCAUAUUGUUUGGCUUAUUGCGCAAAAAAGCAUGGAACUAUGGACGUCUUGCAUUAUUGAACACAACUGAUGAAAGAUGGAUGGAUUUAUUUUAUGGAGACAAUGAGGGUAGAGAUACAGAUGGACUGUGCGUAGAAACUUCUGUUAAUUCUCAACUUUCACAUGUUGAUAAAGGUUUCUUGUCAUGGAUCAUUACUGCAUUCAGAGUUACCGAUGAAGAACUGUUACAACGCGCUGGACCAGACGGAUUAUUAUACAUAUCAUUUGAACGUCAUUUAAUCGUCUUAAUAUGCUUAAUGGUUAUUAUAUCAUUAUGCAUAGCUCUUCCAAUAAAUUUUCAUGGAAACAUGCAAGGUAAUAAUGCAACAUUUGGUCAUACGACAUUAUCAAAUUUGGAUCCAAUGUCUCCAUGGAUUUGGGUGCAUACAAUAUUAAUCUUAUUCUACUUGCCAAUUGGUGGGUAUAUUAUGAGGCAUUUUCUGAAGAAGGUUCGAGAGUCUAGACACACUGGCGAACUGGCAGCCAGGACAUUAUUAAUAACAGAAAUACCGAAGCAUCAGUGCAAUGUACAGAUACUUACAGAUUAUUUCAAAGAAACAUUUCCUACUUUAACAGUGGAAGAAGUUGCAUUGGCUUAUGAUAUAAGGCGCCUUGCUGUAUUGGAUAUGAAAAGAGAUUGUGCUGAACAAGCACGCUUAUACUGUGAAAAUUAUGCAAAGAAAAGACAGCCACUGGAAAUGUACCCACACCCUUGUGGCCAAGUGAUAGGUUGUUGUUGUAAAAAUAAAAUUGAUGCUCAAGAAUUUUAUACGAACGAAGAAAUACGACUGAGUGUAUUAUUCGAAGAAGAGAAAAAGGUGGCACUAAGCAGACCUCUUGGAGUAGCCUUCGUGACAUUAGGUACACCUAAUGCGGCUAAAGCUAUGAGGAAAGAAUUGUGCUCUUUACCUAGUAUAAAAUGGGUUGUAAAAUAUGCACCUGCACCAUCUGACAUUUUUUGGGAAAAUCUGAGCAUACCAAGACCAUAUUGGUAUGUGAAUGCUAUUUUCAUAAACUUCGCAUUGGGCAUUGUACUAUUCUUUCUUACUACACCAGCUGUAAUAGUAUCUGCCUUAAACAAACUACCGAUUACAGGAGAAAUUAUGAAUCUUAGUCCAAUCGUUUCAUCCUUUCUUCCAACUGUAUUAUUAGUUAGCGUGGCUGCUUUAAUGCCCGUAUUAGUAGCAAGAAGCGAAUCGUUAGUUAGACACUGGACUAGAAGUAGCCUAAAUCGAGCAGUAAUGACAAAGACGUUACUUCUUUUAUUACUGAUGGUUCUCAUAUUGCCCAGUUUAGGUCUAACUAGCGCACAGGCAUUUUUAGAAUGGACUGUAAACGCAAAAAAUGACACUGGAAGAUGGGACUGUGUAUUUUUACCUGAUCAGGGUGCGUUGUUUGUAAACUAUGUAAUUACUGCAGCUUUGCUUGGAACUGGAUUGGAAUUGGUCAGAUUUACCGAGCUAGCAUUCUAUACUUUAAGACUGUGCAUAGCUCGUAGUAGGGCGGAAAGAAUACAUGUUAGAAAAGCAGUAUUAUGGGAAUUUCCCCUAGGUGCUCACUAUGCCUGGUUACUCUUAGUGUUUAUCAUGACAACAGUGUACAGUUUAGCUUGCCCAUUAAUUACACCUUUUGGAUUGUUGUAUCUCGUAGUGAAACACUUGGUGGAUAGGCACAAUUUAUGUUUCGCUUAUGGACCAAGUGUCGGUGGUGGUCAGUUAGCAGGUGCAGCAGCAAGUGCCACCGGAACCGCUCCGAUUUUGGCACAAGCAGCAUUGCUGGCUCUAGGUUUGGUAAGAAGAGGGCUCUCGCCCUUAGCCGCGGUACAACUUACUGGUCUUAUUGCAAGUAUAUUAGGUCUUCUCACCGGUGCAACUUUAUUCACAUCAAAGUCUAAAACACAAACGCAGAAAAGAGAUUUUACAGCUGGUCAGAAUUUCGUUGCACCCAUGUUACGAAAUAAGCAGACCACAUUAGAAGAGGUCGUAUCUAUAGGUUCGGAUUUCGAUCUUAAUCCGUCAAGUUUAACGAAUACUAAUGCUUCUUCGGUACAAGAGAAUCCGCAUCUUUAUCAGGAUUACGGUAAAGAAUUACGAGCAUAAUAACUUUCUAAUUAGAGUACGACAUUCAUUAUACAAGCGUGAUGUAUUAAAGCAGUGCGGUGUAAACAGUGGAGUACGUUGAAUAGUACUUAAUUAUUUAAAUGUUAUAUGUUAUAUCGUAUAAGUAAAUACGAUAAUAUCUCUUUGCAAACAAAAACGAGUCUAUUUCUAACGCGUUAAAAACCCUAUAAAAUGAAAGGUGUAUAACAAGUG